AGGCGAGAUACCUUUUCCUUGCAAAACUUGUGGGAGAAGUUUUACAACUAGAAUGAAUCUGCAGGGCCACGAGAGAAUACACACGGGCGAGAAACCUUUUUCUUGCAAAACUUGUGGGAAAAGUUUUACGCGUGUAAAUUACCUGCAUGUCCACGAGAGAACACACACGGGCGAGAAACCUUUUUCUUGCAAAACUUGUGGGAUAAGUUUUAGUAUGAGAAAUACCCUGCAGAGACACGUGAGAACGCACACGGGCGAGAAACCUUUUUCUUGCAAAACUUGUGGGAAAAGUUUUACGCGUGUAAAUUACCUGCAUGUCCACGAGAGAACACACACGGGCGAGAAACCUUUUUCUUGCAAAACUUGUGGGAAAAGUUUUAGAUCUAAAUACACCCUGCAGAGACACGAGAGAACGCACACGGGCCAGAAACCUUUUUCUUGCAAAACUUGUGGGAAAAGUUUUUGUCUUAGAAGUUACCUUCAAGUCCACGAGAGAACGCACACGGGCGAGAGACCUUUUUCUUACAAAACUUGUGGGAAAAGUUCUACACCUGCAUGUAGGUUGAAAGUCCACAUGAGAAGCCAAAAAGGUGAGGAGUCGUAUCCCUGUACAACUUGUGGGGAAAGAUUUGUGAGCAAAUCACUUCUAACAAAACAUUUGAGUACCCACACAUAGCAAAACUGAUAUUUUUGUAAAAUGUUGGAAACAUGUCUGACUUGCCAGUUUAUACAAAGUCCAGAGGAGACUACAUCCAGUUGAGAAGCCACACCAUGGCAACACGAGAGGGAUACGAUUUGCUCAAGCGUUGUCAAAGAAGUUGUUACUUAGUUAUUGAUUCAUUAAUUAGUGAUACAACAGUUAGCGAAAACGACACUGGAAAUGUUUCCAGGGGACCAAAAAAGUGAUGAACCUAGUUGUAGUUCAAUGCUUUAUGAAGUUCCAUCACCACUGAUGAGGAGCAGACUUCAAUAACUUCACAAAGCAUUGAACUACAGCCAGGUUCAUCACUUACAUCUACACAAGAGAGAUUGUCUACAUUUGCAUUAGCUGCAUCUCUGUAACUGAAUGUGGAAAAUAUCACAUUGAGGAAACAUCACAAUAUCUUUGAUGCAGUACAUGGUCAACAGCAUUUGCUGAAGUACCCACAUUUCUGUUCUUGAUGUGACUGUCAUUGAUAUUUACAUCUGCAAAGGAAGUGAUGUUUUCACCCAUGUCUCUUUGUUUAUUCAUUUGUCAGCCAUUUAUACGAAAUGGUGCAGGAAGGGGACAGGGGUGAGAGAAAUUGAUUGGGUUAAAGUGGCAGAUCCAGGAUAUUUUAUUAUCACUGAAUGUUGAGAGAUGGUUGUCAAUGUUUCAGUAAAGACUGUGGAUCAAGAUGUAAAAAUCUGACAUAUUUGUGGUACAGAGAUUUAUAAGAACACAGUAUGUUGGUAGAUUAUCAGAUGUCUUCCCUUUUUCUUUUCUCUUUCUAUUACAUAAGAAUAAAAUCUCUUGUUAAUGUGUACACAGUCUUAAAUGACUCUCACUGUAAAUAUUUAUUAUUUUGUACUGUGUGCAUUCAAUACUUCGGUGCAUUUGCAGUUCAUUAAAGUUUCUUGAAUUAU